AUGGUUUUGUUACCAAGCCAAAGUGCUUCCUAUCAUCAUUCAAGCAACACUCCCUCACAGACGUAUCCUAAUCAAGCAUUGGAGAUCUCCUCUCUAAAACAGAGCUUUGUGUCUCAUAACGGCAAUGCUCUCUGUUUCUCUAGCUCUCGCUUGCUCUCUUCGUCUUCUUCAGUACUCGUCGCCGGCGGCGGUCUCGCCGUGAAACGACAUGGACUAGCUUCGAAACCGGUGAGGACGGUGAAUCUCUCGGUGAAGUCCCGUCAGACGGAUUACUUCGAGAAGCAGAGGUUCGGUGACUCGUCUUCUUCUUCACAGAACGGUGAAGGAGGGCCUGCUAGGUUUUAUGUGGGACAUUCAAUAUCCAAAGGGAAAGCUGCGUUGACGGUGGAGCCAAAAACACCUGAGUUUGCGUCUUUAGACUCUGGAGCUUUCAAGUUAUCCAAAGAUGGUUUUCUACUGCUUCAGUUUGCUCCUGCAGCUGGUGUAAGGCAAUACGAUUGGAGCAAGAAAGGUGAGACUGUGGAGUCAGAUGAGAUCAGUGAGGAAGUGUAUCUUCCGUUGAAAGAAUCAAUAGGACAUACUGAAGUUGAAGUGAUAGCAGGAGCUUUGUUCGGUUUCUUAGUUAGCUUUGGUGUUUAUUCCCUUAUGUCAAAGCUACCAACUUUAUAUGUGGGUUGUUAAGAAAAGAGAGAGUUUGAUAUUUGUGCAAUUGUAAAACUUAAGAGAAUCAGUGGAAAUGUCAAAAACAGUUUUGUGGA